GAUGUGGCGUUUCGUGAAUUCGAGGUGAAUAAUGCGUUCCGCACAAACACGUACGUGUACUGUUUGCGAUAGUUUUAUUUUUCUCGACUAUGGGAUGAUUUAAAGGACGUUAUUAUUGAUCGUGCUUAGCAGGUUGGAUUAAAACGGAACGGGAGAGACCUUUCCUGUAUCGGUUUCGUUCUGGACUCGAAACGCAAAUGUUUGACAGGUGAGGGAGAUGCAACAUGGAGCAGAAUGGACCGAAGUGUGACCCCAGGGGGACAAAGAGUCAAAUAUGUCAGAGGACAACCUACAUGAACUCGUUCACCUGGAGCUGACUGGCUCUGGGAGUGUGUGUGUGAAAGGAGAACCAUCCAGCCCCCAUGGCUUCCUCAUCACAUCCGUCCCGCAGGGAAAAGGGUCCAGCGACACAAGGUUUGCACGCGGCAACACGCAACCUCUUACGAAAGAAGGAACAGCGUCGCCGUGGAAUCCGAUCCUCCUCGCCCAUGGGCCGGGUCAUCCUCAUCAACUCUCCUGUAGAUGGUGGGGAUGAUAGUGAAGACCUCCACACAGUCACAGUGGACAAGAGUGUGGACGGGAAGCUCGGCUUCAGUGUGCGUGGCGGCUCGGAGCACGGCCUCAAUAUUUUCGUCAGUAAGGUGGAGGAUGACAGCACGGCGCAGGAGGCGGGCCUGCAGGUCGGAGAUAAGCUGGUGGAGGUGAAUGGCGUCAGCCUGGAGAGCAUUACCAUGAGCAGCGCCGUGAAGGUGCUGACGGGCAACAACAGGCUAAGGAUGGUGGUGAGGCGAGUGGGGAAAGUUCCCGGCAUCCGCUAUUCUAAGGAGAAGACAACCUGGGUGGACCUGGUCCAUAGGCGGAUGGUGGUGGAGGAGAGCGGGCGGACUCCUUCAGAAGCCAGUUCUGACAGCGCUCUGCAGAGGAUCAUCCACCUAUUUACCACCUCCGACGACUACUGUCUCGGCUUUAACAUACGAGGGGGAAAGGAGUUUGGUCUCGGCAUCUACGUCUCCAAACUGGAUCCAGGCGGUUUGGCCGAGCAGAAUGGGAUUAAGAUUGGAGACCAGAUUCUGGCUGCCAAUGGAGUGAGCUUUCAGGACAUCAGCCACAGCAGUGCAGUGGAGGUGCUGAAGAGCCACACACACAUCAUGCUCACUAUGAAGGAAGCAGGGAGGUACCCUGCUUAUAAAGAAAUGGUGGCAGAAUACAGGUGGUUGAAUAAAUUGGCCAAUGGUACUCAGCCAUCUUCCUCCCAGGCCUCAGACUCCAACUCUUCAACCUCCUCUCUGUCAUCUGGGACCCCGGUCAGCUCCCUGAGCGGCUUGUCUCAAGUCAUGUUUCCACACAGCCUGCCGUUCGGUUCAGACAUGGUGGACGUUUGCAUCUCUACAGAGGACUUGAGGUCCGAGUCUGAACUAACAGAUUCCGCCAUCCAGACAGAUUUUCCCUCACAGAGAAUGGAAACAGACACCACCCGCAGCCUGGGACCAACCACACUGCUCAAAGACACGGCGAUCCGUGGAGAGGAGAGCAGGAGGUGGAAAGAGUCUCCCAAAACAGCUAUGCUGCUGGCGCUCAGCAGACCAAGUCGACCAAUCAGCAGGUCACAGAGCCAAGUCACUGUAGCAGAGAUCAAUCAGAAGAAAGACAAGAAGAAGCAGAAAGAGAAGCAAGCAGAGGAGAAAAGCACUCUGCAGCGCUCAAAGACGUUUGUUAACCUGCUGUUCAAAGGAGGGCGCAAGAGAGACGCCUCAGGUGGGCGCUCCAAGUCACCAUUCAGAGAAAGCAAAGAGGGACGAAAUGUCAGUGCGAUGCCAAACUCAGAGAUGCUUGGCGUGGUGGAGGACAUGGCCCGAAGGCUGCUGACGGAGGAGGAGGUGUCUGCUGUGAUGACGGCAUGCCAAAUGUAUACAACAGAGAGGUCAGUGGAGAACUUGAUACACCACCUGCUGGUUGUGCUGGACCGACCUGAAAAGCUGCUGCUUCUGAGGGAAGUCAGACUUGUGCUUUCGCCAUCUGAUCUGAGUGUUUUCAACAACAUGGUGACCGCUGUUGAAGCUGAAGCCUACGAUCUCCUCAAAUAUCGGUCAGUCCGAACUCCUCCUCUUCGCUCCCCCAUUUCUGGUCGAGCCCCCAAGCGGCGCCUCAUCACACCCAUCCCAGAUUAUAGGGGUGGCUUUGAGCUCCACAGUGCUGAGGAGGUGGAAAAAGAGAGCCACCUGCUGGAGGAGCUGGAGAAGCUCAGCCUGACUGGCUCUCAGGGAUCCAGGGGGAGUAGGAAGACCUCUAGUUCUUUCUCAGCUCUUCUGGACAUACCUGUGGAUGGAUAUAAGACAGAGUCCAGAAACACCAGAUCCCGCUCUGCUGGGCCCUUGCUCCCCAACUGGUUGCUGGCCCACAGCAGUGACUCCUCGCCUCCUCUCCGUACAGACAUCGGCACCAUUCGCUCCGUCCACUUUGAUGAGGCUUCUCUGCGCUCAUCUUCAGAUAAGGUGGAGGCAAACAGUGAGAGGGGAAGGACUUUCUUCAGGAACAGUCACUCUCAGGGCAGGAGGGAGAGAAGUGCAGAUAGGAGCAAGAAAGGUGCGUUCACCGUGCAAAGUGCGAACCGCAGGAGUCGACCCUUGCUGUCGCAGGUGUUUGGUACGAGUCAGGAGCGACAGAUGAACGGUCAUCGGACUUCCUCGGAGAACAGGCUCAACGGUACUGAACCUGAACAGGAGCAUCGGCUGAAGACAGUCAGCAUCUCCAAGACCAAACAGUCUCUGGGCAUCAGCAUUUCUGGUGGGAUCGAGUCAAAGGUUCAGCCAACAGUGAAGAUCGAGAAGAUCUUUCCUGGAGGAGCCGCCUCCAUGUGUGAGGUGCUUAAGGCUGGAAUGGAGCUGGUGACUGUGGAUGGAGUUUCCCUCCAAGGCGUGACCCACCAGCAUGCCGUUGACAUCAUCCGCAAAGCCUUCAGCAACAAGGCCAAAGACCCCAUGGCGUUUGUGGUCAAAGUUCCCAAAAACUUCUAAAAAGACAAGUUUGAGCUCAAUUAGUGAGAAUUAAAGAAACACUGACUUGCAGAGCUGUA